AUGCGGGAAAGGAGGACAGCAGACUCUUCUAGUUCGGCUGCAGAUCCGAGUGAAGGGAUGGGGACUUUAAGGCUGAAGCGAGAGAUUGGACUGAUUAGCGCUGUGUCGUUAAUUGCAGGCACCAUGAUCGGGUCUGGGAUCUUUAUGUCUCCAGAAUGGGUGCUGUACCAUAUGGGUAGCCCUGCAGGAAGUCUCAUCAUCUGGGCUGCUUGUGGUCUGCUGGUCACGUUUGGAGCCCUGUCUUAUGCUGAACUUGGGACCAUAAUUAAAGAGUCAGGGGGGGACUAUAUUUAUAUCUUAAGGAAUUUUGGCUCUCUUCCUGCUUUUCUUUUUGCAUACACUUCCAUCAUCGUGGUAAGGCCUGCCAGUGUGGCAGGUGUCUCUUUAAGCUUUGCCGAAUAUGCUGUUGCUCCAUUUUACCAAGGAUGCUCAACCCCUCAGGUAGUGAUCAAGUGUACGGCCGCUGGCUGUAUCCUGUUUUUAACCAUCAUUAAUUGUCUCAAUGUGAGGCUGGCCACAGCCAUUAUGAACAUAUUUACAGCAGCCAAACUGUUAGUUUUGCUGGUCAUUGUAAUAGGCGGAGUGGUGUUGCUUAUCAAUGGACACACGCAAAGUUUCCAGGACGCCUUUCAAAACACAACUGCAGGGAUUGGGCCAAUCGGAGUGGCAUUUUAUCAGGGACUGUGGUCCUAUGAUGGAUGGAACAACCUGAAUUUUGUGACCGAGGAACUUAGGAAGCCUGAAGUGAACCUUCCAAGAGCAGUGAUGAUUGCCAUUCCUUUGGUGACAUGCCUAUAUUUGCUGGUAAACGUGAGCUACUUUGCAGCCCUGACUCCAGCUGAACUUCUGUCUUCAGGCGCUGUGGCCGUCAGCUGGGGGAAUAAAGUCCUGGGCAACUGGGUCUGGGUGAUCUCAUUGUCAGUUGCACUGUCUUCGUUUGGGUCAGCGAAUGGAACUUUUUUCAGUGGAGGCCGUGUGUGCUAUAUUGCUUCAAGGGAAGGCCAUAUGCCAGAUAUUCUGUCCAUGGCUCAUGUGAGAUGCCUCACGCCUUCACCUGCUCUGAUAUUUACAUCAGCCAUGGCUUUAAUAAUGAUAAUACCAGGAAACUUCAGCAGCAUAGUAAACUUCUUCAGUUUUACAGCUUGGCUUUUCUAUGGCACAACUAUUGCUGGUCUCCUGUACUUAAAGAUUAAGAAACCGGAACUGCCAAGAUCAUAUAAGGUUCCAAUUAUUAUACCAAUAAUUGUGUUGAUUGCAUCUGUGUACCUGGUGCUGGCUCCAAUCAUCGACCAACCCCAGAUCGAGUUCCUCUAUGUCAUCCUAUUCAUCCUCAGUGGUAUCAUUGUUUACUUCCCAUUAGUUCAUUACAAACGCCAUCCCCAGUUCUUACAGAGAGUCACUUUGCAUCUCCAGCUGCUCCUGGAAGUUGCCCCGACGGCUAAGAAUACGAACUAAUUUAACAUUCACUGUACUACACUGUUGGCUGCUCCUGCUUAUUUUUUCCAAUACUGAAGACCAUAUUUGUUUGAGAUAUAUGUGCAAAAUAGCUUGUUCAUAGGGGAAGCAGAAUAACUAUAUUAAGUAGGUUGGAAGAAAAUGGAACAAAAACAUCUGAUAGAUAGAUAUGGGCCAAUGGAAGAGUCCUUGUGUGUUUUCUGGGGAUACCUUCUCCCUUCCACACACAUAUUCUGCACCCUUUACCAUUCCUGAGACUCCACAGUGCAUCAUGUAUAUUUCUAUCCUGACAAAGAGGGAGAGGAAUUCUCGUGAAGGAUUCAUACUUUUACUCAAUCAAGGCAAUAAGGUCUUAUCACUGGUAACAUACCAUUAUCCCUGUAGCAGGCUACAGCCAUGAGCCAGCUUCUCCCAGCAGGCCCUUUAAAUUACUUCCACCCAGAUUGGCCCCACAGCCUUACAAAUAAACAAACCAUGGGGGCGGGGACCUUCCACAGCAAAACAUCCUUUGCUCCCCAGCCAUCUCUGCUGGACUGAGGUUUUCCCAAUGCUCCUCCACAGUUCAGAGGGAGACCAGUUCAGUCUCCCUGAUCUGAGAGAGAUUCACCCGAAGGCAGUCCUCUGUGUGCCUCCUGUUAGGAGGAAGAGGCAGAUUAUAUGCUUCCCUCUUUCCCUGAACUUGCCCUGAUUGGCUGAGAGGGAGAGGAGGCCUGUCCUAGCCUACACGACAAGGCUCCUUGAAGUCCUAGGUCCUAAAGAGAACCACAGCGUAGCGGUUUUCCAGACACCAGGUAUUACCCUGGGACUACUUUCUUCCUCUCAGCCUCUGUCUGUGUUGGUCGGUAUGUCUGUGCCUGCCACAGAGCUCCUGGACCAGGGGAGCUCCCCCUGGACUUCCUCCUCUGACCCUGUCACAGUGCCUUUCUGCUGAUAGUGCCAGUGCCAUCCCCCUAAGUGGUGGCAUCAUCAGAUAUAGUUACAGAGAUGCAGCCAUUUUUUUUUGUAUGAUGUGAUUAGGGCCUUCUGAAUAUGUUGCUCUUCUAAACCUAUUGGAUUAAAUACUGGUUAGGAGGAUUUUCUUUCACUACUAUUUACAUGAAACAAUAGAGAAGAAACAAGGAAUCAUUUCCCACCCUGAUAUGUACACUUAUUGUAAUUAUUAAACACUAAUUUCAAAAGCAUUCACUGUUGUUGCUAGAUAUUGCCUUGUUACAUUCUCUGUUCUUAUAUCUUAGUGAUAUACGAGUGACGGAAAGCCAUGCUGUCGCAUGGGAAAGGCAAUUGGACCACAUAAUCCACCAUCUGUGCUGUUUCCCUCAUACAACCAAUGAAAUUGUUGCAUGCAAAUUAACUGUAGGGUUCAGGGUAAGAGUAAGGGUGGCAACUGGUUGAGUUACCUAUGAUAUCACAAUGGUACAGGACUCUUGGCAUGGCAUACAUGCCUUACUGUGGCUGUUCACUGCAUGGAUGUAAAUUUGUAAAGUCAAAGUGUCUGAGAACUUAGAAAUUGGACUGUAACAGACCAGGAACCCCAGUGAUGAUUGAACCUGGUGAUAUUCUAAAUAAAGAGAGCUCUCAGCCAUGCUUGUAGAUGUUGCCAUCACUUCGACACUGACUCAGACAUUCUAGGCUUCAGAGUGACACACAAAGUAACAGUCCUGGAAUUUUAUAAUAUAAAGAGCUUCUGAGGAAGGAUGGUCUUGUGGUGGGCUGGGAUUCAGGAGAUCUAGUUUACUUUUUGUGUACCUUGGGCAGAUCACUUGGUCUGUGCCUCAGUUCCCCAGCUGUAAAAAUGGGGCUAAUAUGGUGCCUUUCUGCAUGUGACGCUACACCCCAUAUUCUUCAUAGAGAUAUUGUUAUGAUAUGAAUAUG